AUGGGGCCUCUCAGUUACUUCCUUGGCAUACAAGCUCAGCUUCUUCCCACUGGUCUGUUCUUGAACCAACAGAGAUAUGCAACAUACCUUCUCCAAGCUGCAGGGAUGCUAGACUGCGCUCCGAUGCCUACACCUCUCCCUCUUCAAUUAGACAGAGUGCCGAAUCAAGACGAGUACUUCUCCAAUCCUACUUACUUUUGCAGCUUAGCUGGGAAGCUCCAAUAUCUCACACUGACGAGACCGGACAUUCAGUUUGCUGUAAAUGUAGUGUGUCAGAAGAUGCACAAACCAACUGUGGCAGAUUUUCACUUGUUGAAGCGAGUUCUACGCUAUGUGAAAGGUACCUUAGAGAUGGGGCUAACGCUUGAAUCUGAUACAAACUCUCAGGUCCGAGCAUAUUGUGACAACGACUGGGCUGGCUGUCAUGAUACAAGAAGGUCCACUGGUGGAUUCUGUACAUUCAUGGGUACAAACCUCAUUUCUUGGUCUGCCAAAAGAAGACUCAGUAUCACGGUCCUCUACUGA